GUGUCAUUUUGCUGUCAUGCCACAGCAGCACCAUCUGGUGCCACAGUGGCCAAUUGCGAUGGAAAACAUCAGAAAAAAAAGGUUGAAUUUCAGUGAAAAGUUUGAGUGAAGAUUUCCGCAAUUAAUCUGCCCAAAAUUGUCCUGAGAUUGUAUUAAUUGGGCCGAGGUGGGCAGUGUGGGGCUCAGGGUAGUGUCUAAGUGGUGGAAUUUGUUGUAUUUUGUGGGGUAAUUUUGUUUUUUUGCUCUGUUGAUUGAGUUUUGUUGGGUGUUUGUGUGUGUUGGCGUGGCGCUGACGCCCCGGACAAAAUCCAAAAUCGACCGCUCUGUCGGAGGUCAAUUGACAGAGUUAUGCCGGGGUGGGCCUAAGACAGGGGCACCGCGCUGGGAAUAAAUAUUGCAGACACAGAGUCCGACGAAAGUUCCAACGAACGCCCUUUGGACCAUUUGGCAAAAGCACAGAAUGGAGGAAACGAAGGUUAUCUAUCACAUUGACGACGAGACUACGCCCUAUUUGGUCAAGAUACCCCUUCCAUCUGCCCAAGUCACCCUCAAAGACUUCAAGAUGGUGCUCAAUAAGCAGAACAGCAACUUCAAGUACUUCUUCAAGUCAAUGGAUGCUGACUUUGGGGUGGUCAAGGAAGAAAUUGUCGAUGAUGCCACGAUUUUGCCGUGUUUCAACGGACGAGUCGUGUCUUGGCUCGUAACAGCUGAUGGAUCAAAUGUAUCGGACAGUUGUUCCGAGGUGCCCCACAGCGAAUUGGAUGGUCGACGGGAAAUUGGUGGUGUACCACAGGGAGCACUUCAGACAGCCAGAAAACUAACACAUCCAUCUGGGCACCUCGGACACAAUCCACUCACGUAUCAAAGUGCUUCGGUACUCUCCAGUGACCUCGACAGUACGUCGCUCUUUGAGACGGAAUCUGAAGUGACGCUAGAUCGUGACAUGACUGAAUGUAGUAGUAUUCAGCGUUUACAGGUGAGAAAGAAGCCUCAACGACGAAAGAAGAGACCACCAUCGAUGAGUCGUACCAGUAGCUACAGCAGCAUCACAGAUUCCACAAUGUCCCUCAACAUUAUAACGGUGUCUAUCAAUAUGGAUACCGUCAAUUUUCUUGGUAUUUCAAUUGUUGGUCAAUCGAAUCGAGGUGGCGAUGGUGGUAUCUAUGUUGGGAGCAUUAUGAAAGGUGGUGCUGUUGCAUUAGAUGGUCGAAUUGAACCUGGAGAUAUGAUUCUGCAAGUGAAUGACGUCAACUUUGAAAAUAUGACAAAUGACGAAGCUGUUCGGGUUUUGCGUGAAGUGGUGCAGAAACCGGGACCAAUUAAAUUGGUUGUGGCCAAAUGUUGGGAUCCCAAUCCAAAGGGUUACUUCACCAUUCCACGCACUGAACCCGUUCGUCCAAUUGAUCCGGGUGCAUGGGUAGCUCAUACUCAAGCUUUACGGUCCCAUGAGCCAGUUCUAGCGCCAGAUGCUACACUCACAGGACCACAGGAACCACCACGUGAUCAUCUGUCAACAAAGAGUCACCUUCGGGAUAUUGUACGUGCAAUGGCACGUCCUGAUAGUGGUUUAGAGAUACGGGAUCGUAUGUGGCUGAAGAUAACAAUACCAGCAGCAUUUAUUGGGGCUGAUGUUGUACAUUGGAUUCUGGAAAAUGUUGAAGGUGUGGAGGAUCGUCGGGAGGCACGAAGGAUUGUAUCUGGAAUGCUAAGAGCUGGCUAUAUUAAGCACACCGUCAAUAAGCCAACAUUCUCCGAACAGUGUUACUAUGUUCUAGGCACAGGAAUAGCUGACAACACUAGCGCCAAUAGCGUGGGAGAAACUGACAGUCUCACAAGUGAUAUUGCUCCUCUACCAAAUCCACCCAUGUACAUGCCAUAUUCGGCCGUCUACAAUCCAAGCCAUGGCUAUCAGCCUAUUCAAUAUGGAUGCGCCGAUAGACCCAUGUCCUCAGGGUCCAGUAGCUCAGAUGUCCUAACAAGUAAAGAUAUAUCGGCCUCGCAGAGUGACAUUGCGUCCAUUAUUCAGCAAACGAACAAUAUGACUAUUACAAAUGGCUCCAAUAAGUCUUCUGGAUCAUCAAAUCGCGGUGCAAUCGAACACGAACUUCAUGGAUUGUAAAAGAGAGAGAGAGAGAGAGAGAGAGAGAGAGAACAUGCCAAAAUCAUGCUCAAGUCGUCCAAAAAAAAAAAACAAAAAAACAAAAAAAGAAAAACUGUCGACAUCUUGUGGACAUCUCUUGUGCAAUUCCCUAUGAUGUGUCCCACAAAACUCCGCAGAUUUGUCUUACGACGAUUCAGUGAGCAUCCAUGGAACAUCAAAUAUUGUCUUUAAAAAAAAAAACAAAAAACAAACUAAAAUUAA